UCUAAUCAUCGAGGGAUCGAUCUACUGAUCUGCUUUAUACCUGGAAUUUUUGUCAUUCAAGCAGCAAUCAUGUACUCCCUCCGCUCCGCCGUCGGAGCCUCGACCGGUCUCCUCCGCCGGCUCCUCCCCUCCUCUCGCCCUUCGUUCUUCUCCCGAUCUUUCUCGCAAUUGAUGGGCGUGUCCGCUAGCAACAGCCUGAGGAGUCUGCGAGCACAGUCACAGCAGCCAUCGCCGUCACAAAACCAGCAGACCGCCAUUGCUCGGGUGGGCGCUACGGUUCGGCAGCUCGAGCAGGUCCGGGGAAUGAAGACGCGAUCAUCGGUUAAGCGACUGUGCGAGGGAUGCAAGGCUGUUAAGAGGAAGAACCGGGUAUACAUCAUCUGCUCGAAGAACCCCAAGCACAAGCAACGGCAAGGAAAAUAGAUACCCAUAGAUGAGGCGAUUAGAGUCGAGUCACCACCACGGCAUUUUGAGGGAUCCAAAGACGCUCGUCGACAGUGGUCACUCCAAGACGUCUAUUGACUCUUUUACUCGCUUCCAAUCGCUCUCGAACUCGGUCGUACUUAUCGUGUACCAGACUUUGUCUUAUACUCUUGUCUCUUGUUCUUCUAGCUAGUCGGCAUGGCGCUUCAUUGUACAGUACAUCGGUUUCUCAGGAUUUGACACAAUACACUCCAUCUCUGAUGAUAGAGCUUCAAGCCCACAUCUCCUUAAAACGAAAUGGACGGCCUCGUCUCGCAAUCCAGAAGCACCCGUCCAAUGUAGACUCCAUUGAAAAUAACUGCACGAUAACAGGCCCGCGAAAACGCCGG